AUGGCUCGAGUCAUGGAUGACGGAGAAGAAUCACCAGACUUCCAAGUAACUAACGGUGUCAAACAAGGCUGUGUUCUCGCUCCAACACUAUUCAGUAUGAUGUUCUCUGCAAUGCUGUCUGAUGCCUUCCAAGUGGACGAUCCGGGAGUGCACAUCAAAUACCGGAGAGAUGGAAAGCUCUUCAAUCUUCGUAGACUGAAAGCUAUCACAAAAGUCAAGAACACCAUCAUCCGUGAUCUGUUCUUUGCUGAUGACUGUGCACUUCAUGCCAUUACAGAGUCCGAGAUUCAACAAAGCCUAAAACAAUUCUCAAGUGCCUGUGACAACUUUGGUCUUACAAUCAGCAUCAAGAAAAUAGAGGUGCUCCACCAACCUGCCCCAGAGAAGCCCUAUGUAGAACCAACACUACUUGUGAAAGACACAAAACUAAAUGUUGUAGAUAGAUUCACCUACCUGGGAAGCACUUUAUCCAGAGCUGUCCACAUUAAUGAUGAGAUCAACUGCAGAAUUGCAAAGGCCAGUGCAGCUUUCGGCAGACUACGCACAAACGUCUGGGAACGCAGAGGCAUAAAACUAGACACAAAGAUCAGCGUCUACAGAGCUGUUGUCCUAACCACCCUCUUGUACGCCUGUGAAACAUGGACGGUCUAUGCAAGACACGCAAGGAAACUUAACCACUUCCACAUGACCUGUCUCCGCAGACUUCUCCACAUUAGGUGGCAAGACAGAAUACCGGACACUGAAGUCUUGGCCCGUUCAAAGCUUACCUCUAUACAUGUCAUCUUACAGAAGACACAAUUGCGAUGGACUGGCCAUGUUCAUCGAAUGUCAGACAACCGCAUUCCAAAGCAACUUCUGUAUGGCGAACUGCAGGACGGCUCAAGGUCAACUGGGGGCCAAAAGAAGAGAUUCAAAGACACCUUGAAAGUCUCACUGAAAGCAUUCCACAUACCAACAGAUAAGUGUGAAGAAUUAGCUGACAACCGAUCUGAGUGGCGUUGUCACAUCACCAAUGGAGCAAAACUGUCAGAACACUCACGUACCAAAGAAAUGGAAAGGAAACGUGCAUUCCGUAAAGCGAAAGCAGCUAGCACCUCCACCACCGAACCGGAUUGUACCGACCACAGAUGUCCAACCUGCGGGAGGUACUUCCGUGCCCGGAUUGGCCUGACAAGUCAUCUGCGGACUCAUAGAAACAACUCAACUACAUAG